CUGCGCUUCCCCGUGGGACAGGGCCGGUCGGGCGCCCUCGACUGCUCCGUGAAUGUCUUCCUGCCCCGGGGCGACUCGCAGACCGGCGCUCAGCAAUGGCCAUUGCUGGUCCUGUCCGCGGGGUUCCUGCUGCACAGCGGUAUGUACGGGUCGUAUGCAACCGAUCUGGCGUCGUGGGGCCUGGCUGUCGUGCUGUACGACCUGCCGGAACUCGUGGAUGACGUCAUGAUGGUCAGCGCCCUGGGGUCCAUCCUUGACGCGUGCACCAGCGACCCACGGGUCAGUCACUACGUGGACAGCCGGGCCAUUAUGCUGGCGGGCCACUCCCGCGGCGGAAAGCUGUCCGUCCUGGCUGCCGCCCGUGACCCACGGGUCAAGGGGAUCGCCCUGCUUGACCCAGUCGACGUGACCAGCAUGACGCCGAUAGGCCCGGGCUACCCCUCCGCCCUGCCCGCCAUGAGGGUAGCCUGCGGCCCUCCCCGCAGCAUCCCUACCUUAAUCGUCGGUGCGGCCCGCAACACCGGGGUCAUCCCUGCCGAUGCUAACUACCGGCGCUUCUUGGCGAGCUGUCCGGGCCUCUGUUGGUUUCUAGAGCUCACAGGCGCGGGCCACCUGCAGUUCCUGGACGCCAAGGUGGACCUGCUAAGCGCCUUUGUAGAGAGCGGGCCCACGCCGGAUGAGGCGGUACGGCGAGUCAGCAAGGCGGCCGUGCUGGCGUGGGCGCUGGAGCUGGCGGCGCCUCUGGCGCGGGGGGAGCCCCUAAUCGGCCGCCAGGUGUUGGAACGGCUGCGUCAGGUCACAGCACUGCUGGGCCACCAGGCUCCGCUCUCUUGGUCGUUCAAGGGCUUCGACGUCUUGGGCGACGGGAGCGGCGCUGCGCAGCGCAAAGGCGGUCAAAGCAGAGGUUGGACCUACGAGGACCUGAUGCGGAUGCGUGCGCGGGAGCUCAAGGCAAUCCUGGUGGACCUCGGGGUGGACUGCUCGGACUGCUUUGAGAAGAUGGACCUGGCAAACCGGAUUAUGGAGAGAGGGCCGUGA